CUUUUUUUAGCCCUUGGAUUUUUGGUUGAUAUCUCUUUUUAGACUUGGGUUUAUGGUUUUCCCUUGUUGGAGUUGGGUAUAGAUAUCUCUCCCUUCAUACCCUGUGUCACUGAUCAGCAGAUUAGGUUCGUGUUUCUGAAAAACCUAAAGGCUAACAAGGGUUUUGGGUUUUCUUGACUGAUUUCUUUUGUUUCUUCUUGGCCCACAAGCCUCCAAAUUCAAUCGCAGAAGAACGAAACAAGAGGAACCAACGAGUGUUUUCCCAUGUGUUUCCGACUUCCAAGUUGAUGAUUUCGAGUAGCUUCUUUUAAGUUUUAACACUAUCCUUGCAUAGGUUUGUAUAUUCUUCUGCAUUGCAGGCUGCAGCUACUUGUUUAAUGAACUGUGUUUGUGAUAACUCAGAAUCAGAAGGAGCCUUUCCACUUGAACAACCUUCAGACUUGCUAGCAGUAUGGAAACGAAGAACAAAUUUAUAACCGGCGAGAUGGAGCUUUUCUCUAUUAAGGGUGAAGAAGCAGUGUCAAGAACAAUGAGGGAUGAACCUCCAACUCACUUCGAACUUAAGAUUAAGUCAUUUUCUUCGCUCUCAAAGUCAUCACUUGAAAGAUACGAGUCCGGAAAUUUCGAAGCUGGUGGCUACAAAUGGAAACUCUGUCUGCACCCAAAAGGCAACAAGGACAAAAAUGGGGAAGGACACAUCUCUCUCUACUUGGUAAUAUCAGAUACAAACUCCCUCUCUCGAGGUUGGGAGGUCCAUGCCUUGUUCAGGCUGUUUUUGCUUGACCAACUUGAGGACAAGUACUUGAGCAUCCAAGAUUCCAAUGGAAGAGCAAGAAGAUUCCGUGCAUCAAGAACGCAAUCUGGGUUCGACAGAUUAAUUAGCUUGAAACAAUUCAAUGACCCUUCUAAUGGAUACUUGGUAAACGACACUUGUGUGUUUGGAGCUGAAGUCUUUGUCCACAGAGAGAGUGUUUCAGGCAAAGGAGAGUGUUUGUUGAUGACAGCUGGACCUGACACUUGUAACCAUACCUGGAAGAUAGAGAAUUUCUCUGCAUUGUUUGCGGAAUCCCUUUUCUCGGAAGUGUUCACUGCUGGUGGUCAUAAAUGGAGGGUAAAUCUCUGGCCUAAAGGUCAUGGGGAACAGAAAGGAAAAAGCCUUUCUUUGUUCCUGGAGUUGAAUGAUUAUUCAACCCUUCUUCCCGGCCAAGGAGUAUAUGUGGAGGCACAAUUGCGAGUGUUGGACCAGGUCAACGGCAAGCACAUGGAAAAGAAAAUGCAACAUUGGUUUUAUGACUCAAGUAAGGAUUGGGGUUGGGCAAUGUUCCUGUCUCUCAAUAGUCUCAAAAACCAGUCGAUGGGCUACUUGGUGAAAGGUGGCUGCAUCAUUGAAACACACCUGCUAUUCAUUGGAGCAAUUGAGAAACUGGGCCAGAAAUCAGAAUGAGAGGAAAAAGCUUUUGAUGGACUCGGUAUCUUUCUAUGGCUUAGGUUAUUCAGCUAGAUCUGGUAGAUGAGGUUAUAGCAUUGAUGAAGUAUCUGCAUAUAAAUAAACAUUAACAAGAAUAUUCCUAAGCAGUAAGUACUUAUCUCAAUAACUAUAUCAGACGUUUUCUGUCCGAAUUCCCUGCUUCUGUAAUGUGCUUUGAAGGAGAAUAGUAAUCUUUUGGCAUAUAUAUGAAUAUAAGCAUUUUUCAUUGAGAGAUAA